CUCAACAUGGACGAAGGCACUGGGCCUACGACAAUCACCCCCGAGACCGCCCCCCGGUGGUCUCUAAGCCGCCGUCUUCGGUCCCUCCGCCGAGCUUUUACAACCCGCGAAGGUCUCCUCGGCGACUACGACUAUGGCGUCCUCUUCCGCCCGAAUCUACCGUUCAUGUCCAAGGGCUCAAGGGCCGGAAGGAGCCCGUUCUUUGGCCUCAAUGACCACAUGCCGGUCUUCUUGGGCCUGCUGCUGGGGCUACAACAUGCGCUGGCCAUGCUGGCGGGCAUCAUCACGCCGCCCUUGAUUCUCUCGGGUUCGGGCGGCGCCAAUCUAUCGGCCGAGCACCAACAGUAUCUUGUCUCGACGGCCUUGAUCGUGUCGGGUAUCUUGUCUAGUAUCCAGAUUACAAGGUUUCACAUCUACAAGACUCCUUACUACCUUGGGACCGGCCUUAUAUCUGUCGUGGGCAUCAGCUUCAGCAUCAUUCCCGUUGCCCAGGGCGCGCUCAGCCAGAUGUACGCCAACGGCUUCUGCCCCUCGGACGCUGCCGGCAACCCCCUGAGCUGCCCGCGUGGAUACGGUGCGCUGCUGGGAACCUGCGCGGUCUGCGCCUUGCUCGAGAUCCUGCUGUCCUUCAUCCCGCCACGCAUCUUGCUCCGGAUGUUUCCGCCCAUCGUCACCGGCCCAACGGUCAUGCUCAUCGGCAUCAACCUCAUCAAGAGCGGCUUCCAGGACUGGAUGGGAGGAAGCGGCUGUACGUCGCAGGCCCUGUGUCCCAGCCCUACGGCACCCCAUGCUCUCCCUUGGGGCUCCGCCGAGUUUCUCGGCUUGGGCUUCAGCGUCUUCGUCACAAUCAUCCUGUGCGAGCGCUUUGGGUCACCCAUCAUGAAGUCGACGUCUGUCAUCAUUGGUCUGCUGGUGGGCUGCAUCAUUGCCGCCGCCUGCGGCUACUUUGACAGGUCCGGCAUCGAUUCCGCCCCCGUCGCCUCCUUCAUCUGGGUUCACACGUUCCCCCUUUCCGUCUACGGCCCGCUGGUGCUCCCGGUGCUCGCCGUCUUCAUCGUCUGCCUCACCGAGUCCAUCGGCGACAUCACGGCCACGUGCGACGUCUCCCACCUCGAGGUCGAGGGCAUGAUAUACGAGUCCCGCAUCCAGGGCGGCGUCCUGGCCGACGGCCUCAACGGCUGCCUGGCCGCGCUCAUGACCAUGACGCCCAUGAGCACCUUUGCCCAGAACAACGGCGUCAUCGCCCUGACGCGCUGCGCCAACCGCAAGGCCGGCUACGCCUGCUGCCUCUUCCUCCUCAUCAUGGGCGUCUUUGCCAAGUUCGCCGCCGCCCUCGUCGCCAUCCCGGCCUCGGUCCUCGGCGGCAUGACCACCUUCCUCUUCUGCUCCGUCGCCGUCUCCGGCAUCGCCAUCAUCUCCCGCGGCGUGCCCUUUACCCGCCGCAACCGCUUCAUCCUCACCGCCGGCCUGGCCCUCGGCUACGGCGCCACCCUCGUCCCCAACUACUUCAGCACCGUCUUUACCUAUGCGGGCGGCAACAAGGCGCUCACGGGGUUCCUCGACGCCAUUGUUCUCGUCAUGGAGACGGGGUUUGCCGUGACGGCGGCGGCGUGCAUGAUUUUGAACCUGGUGAUUGAAGAGGAGAUGGAGGAUGAGAUUGUUGCCGAGGGCGACGACGUUGAUGAUGAUGAUGGUGUCGGUAUCAUUGUUAGCAGCACGGGGGCGUUUCCUGUCAAAAACACAGAUACCCAGAUUUGA